AAGGCCUCCUGUGUCGGGUCGGUAGCGGUCUAAAGCCGGACUAGAAAUUCCAUCCGUGCAGCAUCGUCCCCUGACGGAUUCGAGAAUCCAUGAUCAAUACAUAUGUUAUAUGUCAAUUGCGCAUCGAUCGAGAACGGCCAGCCACCGCGGGAGGGAGCCGUGAGGAAACGAAACGCAGGGAAGCAGCUGCGUGAGUGAGUGAGUGAGCGUGAAGGGAGAGCGAGUCGGGGCCUGGCGAACGACGAAGAGCAUUGAAUUUGUCGCUCGCCGUCUGUCUGUCACGGAAGCCUGUCAGAGCUUGCUGGAGACUCUCGACCGCGCAACUAUGUCAGCGAGGACGUCGCAAAGGAGGGACUAUCACAUUGUCGUCCUGGGUGCCGGCGGCGUAGGGAAGAGCUGCCUCACAGCGCAGUUCGUUCAAAAUGUUUGGAUCGAGAGUUAUGACCCAACAAUCGAGGAUUCGUACCGGAAGCAGAUUGAGGUUGAUGGCCGUCAAUGCAUGCUGGAAAUUCUAGACACUGCUGGCACAGAACAAUUCACGGCCAUGAGGGAGUUAUACAUGAAAACUGGCCAAGGUUUCUUACUUGUCUUUUCGAUAACCAGCCAGAGCAGUCUUUCCGAGUUAUCAGAGCUUCGAGAGCAGAUAAUCCGGAUCAAGGACGACGAAAAUGUCCCAAUCGUUAUUGUUGGCAACAAGUCCGACCUGGAAGAACACAGAGUGGUGACUCGAUCGAGAGCAUUUGCUGUAUCGCAAAGCUGGGGAAAUGCUCCAUACUAUGAAACAUCCGCACGACGUCGAGCGAACGUGGAUGAAGUAUUCAUAGAUCUUUGCAGGCAGAUCAUUCGAAAGGACAACAGCUCAGCUCCAAGUUAUGAAGAAGAACUCGUGUAUGGUGGUCGAGAGAGGAAACCACACAGGCACCACCGACGGCGGAAGAAGAAGAAGGAAGGCGGUGGUUGUGUGUUGUUAUGAGAGACUCGAGGGGUUCCGCGAAAACAACUUCGAGCAGACGGUCGUUACGACCUACCUUCACCGCAGCACUGGCUGCUGCGAAGUUUUGG